GAGAGAGCCUCCGGCGGUUUUUCCUGUCCCUGCCCAAGCAUCACAAUGUCGCUGGAAAAUAUCCCAGCCACGGAUCUGGACGGGUUCAUCGAAAGCCACCUCCUGCCAGACACUGCUUUCCGGAGGCAGGUCAAGGAAGCCAUCGACACCAUCUGCAGUUUCCUGAAGGAGAGGUGUUUCCGCGAAGGUGAAGGUGAAGUCCGGGUGUCGAAGGUUGUAAAGGGCGGCUCCUCCGGCAAAGGCACUGCCCUCAAAGACAAGUCUGACGCCGACCUCGUCGUCUUCCUCAGCCCCUUCACGAGUUUUUGGGAGCAGUUUCGUCGCCGGGAAGAGUUCAUCCGGGAAAUCAGACGUCAGCUGGAAGCAUGUCAGAAACAGAAAAGGUUUACCGUGACAUUCGAGGUCCAGAAACCUGGAUUGCAGAACCCCCGCGCCCUCGGCUUCACGCUCAAGCGCCCCUGUUCCCAGGCGGCGGUGGAGUUUGAUGUGCUGCCCGCCUACGAUGUCCUGGGUCAGGUGACGGAGCACUACAGACCUCACCCUGACAUCUAUGUCUGGCUCAUCCGCGAGUGCGAGAGCCUGGGGAAGGAGGGCGAGUUCUCCUCCUGCUUCACUGAGCUGCAGCGAGCCUUCCUGAAGCAGCGCCCAGCCAAGCUCAAGAGCCUCAUCCGCCUGGUCAAGCACUGGUUCCAGAAGUGUAAGGAGAAACUUGAAAGUUCCCUGCCUCCUCAGUACGCCCUGGAGCUCCUGACGGUCUACGCUUGGGAGCGUGCAGGCCGGCAAACGGACUUCAUCACAGCGCAGGGGUUUCAGACGGUCUUGGAAUUAGUCGUGAACCACCGGCAGCUGUGCAUCUACUGGACACAGUAUUACGACAUUUCACAUCCCGUGAUUGGUCCAUACCUGCGGAGGCAGCUCCAGAAACCCAGGCCUGUGAUUCUGGACCCAGCGGACCCUACGGGAAACGUCGGUGGUGGACAUCAAAGAGGCUGGGUGCUGCUGGCGAGAGAGGCUAGGGCCUGGAUGAAGUACCAGUGCUUUCGCAAAGGAGAUGGGUCUCCAGUGGGCUCCUGGAACAUACAGGCCUAAGGAGGCAGCGGAGAUGCCUGGGUAACAUCUGCUCUCAAGACACAUCAGCUCCCCGAUUGUGGACAGCACCCUGGGUCCUUUCGCAGCGGCCUUCACCAGGCAGAGUGCCCCUCCCGGGUGGAAGAGAACAGAAC